UGCAAGCUUCCACGCCGAAUAUGCGGCGAAGUGUUGUUGUUUCAAUGUGAUUGGUCCAGCAUUUUACGCUGGCACGCAUCAUAUGAAUGAAUAUCGUAUCGCCGUACUAGAGGUCAAGCAUAUGCUUCAUUGCUUUGUUUGUGUUUUGGUUUUUUUUACAACAAACUUUUCUAGAAAAUUGUGAAAUUUCGAGAAAUUAUCUCAAUCUAUUGCAUCACUUUCUCCCAAAUUUAAACCAUGGGGACUCAGAGGAAUCUACCUAAUUCCAAGGAAGCCCUCCUCAAGUCCUACAACACCCGAUUGAAGGAUGAUGUAAAAAGUAUGCAGGAAAAUUUUGAAGAGAUUCUGAAACUUGCAAAAGGCGAAAAUGAUAGUCAGCUCUCAAAAAUAACACAAUGCGAACAGGAUACGUAUGAAAUGCAGGUCCGAGCAGCAAAUAUAGUUCGUGCUGGAGAAUCUCUGAUGAAAUUAGUCUCAGACAUUAAGCAGUAUUUAAUUCUCAAUGAUUUUCAUUCAGUCAAUGAGGCAAUUACAGCAAAUUCCCAACUCUAUCGAUCAACGCAGUCUGAUUGCGAUAAAAAACUCAUGGGCCUACGGGAUGACCUGGCAGCUGAUCUCUAUGAUCUCGAAGAAGAAUACUACACUAGUGUUUACAAGUAAUUCCAGUAUUUAAUGUAUUUAAUAAAAGGAAAUUGAAGAGAA